UACCUACUGGGAGCAAAAGCCUUGCAUUGAGUUUUUGGUUAUCAUAAAACCUCCUUUUGCUUAAAAAUAAGCUCAGAAGCUGCUUUUCAACAGCUGCAUAGCUUUAAAAAGGCAGAUAUCUGAUUUCGUUUUUGCAUUAACGGCUUAAGCAAAAACUCCCACAGAAAAACAGAAGAAAGAAAAGUUAGAAGGCAGCAGCAGCCUCCAUGGCUGACUCAGAGAUAAUUCUCUGUCUUCUUCCAUCAAUCCUUGCUCUCUUCCUCUUCCUCAUUCUCCUCAGAAGGAAACAGCACCAGAAAACCAGACUCAAUCUCCCGCCAGGAAACAUGGGUUGGCCUUUUCUUGGUGAAACCAUUGGCUACUUGAAGCCCUACUCUGCAAUCUCCAUUGGCAAAUUCAUGGAGCAGCAUAUCUCAAGGUAUGGGAAAAUUUACAAGUCAAAUUUAUUUGGGGAGUCAACAAUUGUGUCAGCAGAUGCAGGGCUCAACAGAUUCAUACUGCAGAAUGAAGGGAGAUUGUUUGAAUGCAGCUACCCAAGAAGCAUAGGAGGGAUUCUUGGGAAAUGGUCCAUGCUGGUUUUGGUCGGUGACAUGCACAGAGACAUGAGGAUGAUAUCUCUCAAUUUCUUGAGCCAUGCCAGGCUCAGGACCCAUCUGAUGAGAGAAGUAGAAAAGCACACUCUUCUUGUUUUGGGGAGUUGGAAGGAGAACUCUGUUUUUUCAGCUCAGGAUGAAGCUAAGAAGUUCACAUUCAACUUGAUGGCCAAACAUAUCAUGAGCUUGGAACCUGGAAAGCCAGAGACUGAGCAGCUCAAGAAACUGUAUGUUACUUUCAUGAAAGGUGUGGUUUCCCCUCCUGUGAAUUUACCAGGAACAGCUUACAGAAGAGCCUUACAGUCAAGAUCAACAAUUCUGAAGUUUAUAGAGUGCAAAAUGAAAGAAAGAUUAAUGGAGGGAACCGAAAACAUUGGGGAAGAUGAUCUGCUUGGAUGGGUUUUGAAGAAUUCAAAUCUUUCAAAGGAGCAAAUCCUUGACUUAAUAUUGAGCUUGCUCUUUGCUGGCCAUGAAACUUCAUCAGUCUCCAUAGCUUUAGCAAUUUACUUUUUACCAAGCUGCCCUAAUGCAAUUCUGCAAUUAAGGGAAGAACACAGUGAAAUUGCCAAAGCCAAGAAACUAGCAGGGAAGACAGAGUUGGAUUGGGAGGAUUACAAGAAAAUGGAGUUCACUCAAUGUGUUAUCAGUGAGACGCUUCGGCUUGGGAAUGUGGUGAGAUUUUUACACAGAAAGGCUCUGAAGGAUGUUCGGUACAAAGGGUAUGACAUUCCAUGUGGGUGGAAAGUGCUUCCGGUGAUUGCAGCCGUGCAUUUGGAUCCUUUACUUUUUGACCACCCUCAACACUUCAAUCCAUGGAGAUGGCAGCCGUUGGAGAAAUUUUUCAGUGUUAGAAACAUAGCUCGGGACAUCAAAUGUUAUAAUACAAGUGGUUAAAUAGUUGAAAAAAAAAAUUUCAACCAUAUGCAUUAUGAUACUUGUUGUACCAAGGUAUGUUCUCGGCACACGGAAAAAUCUCUCCGGCCAUUGGUUGUUUUAGUAUGAACCCACUCUUUAACAAAGAGAUCCAAAAAUUUUAACUCCUUUCUAAUCCCACGCUUAGAUAUUUAUGAAUCAAUACCAGCAUUACAAUCAUACGUCUUAUCUCUUUCACUAGAUACAUAUCAUAUUUCGUUUGACAUGCUAUGAAUACGAAAUGUACCCUUGGAUAUUGAUUUAACCUAGUCCGCACUUUGAUUCGCUGUUGACGCCUCCUCGAAUCCCAAUAGCUAAGGCAUAAUAACAAGAUAGUUGCAAAUGCAUGAUGAGAGAUCUUAGAGAUUUCCCAUUCAAAAUGCAGUGUCUAGAUCAUCGAAUUGAAAGGAUUGGUAGCUGCAUACCGUGCACGGACACUACAUUAGGUCCAACUCUCUUUGCUUUUCUUUGCUUUGUUGCCCUAGUGUGCGUGUGGGGAGAGACUUUAGGGUUGGGAGAUGAUUAGAAUUUAGAGGCACCAUGUGGAAGUGGGGUUCUAUCAUGGUGCCAUGCACGUGUGCACAAGUGCUUUUGCUCUCUAGUGGGUCAAAUGCCUAACUGGUCCAGACCAAUUUCUUCUUCUUUAUUAACCAAAGGAGAUGAAUCCCAAACAGCUGGUCCAGAAAAUCCCAAAUAAAAAAGGAACAGAGAGAGUACACCAUGAACUUACACGAAAUUUGCAAUGAUUAUGGUGGAAUAGUCACUCUUUGUGACAAUGCAAACUAACCUAGAAGCCUAACCAAGAUCUAGAUGUGCUAAAUAUACUACAUUUAUAGAUCGCAUUGUAAAGAACGGGCAAAUUCAAACAUGUUGGAGUUAACUCUUAAGAAUUUAAUGGGAAGAAAUCAAGCCUGGAUAAAAUGAACCCUUUUGCUCCUUGGUGAAUCCACCACUGGAUGUGAGACACAAUUAUUGACCAUUCUCACCUUUUUUAAAGAUGUGAUCAACAAAUGCGAUACAAAAAAUAACUCAUGCAAAAUGAGAGUUUAGUGUGAGGUGUCUCAUGCAACGACACACUCGAGAAGUGGGACUAGGUGAGCCUAAAUGCAAGGAGUCCUGCUCAGUGCGAGUGUGUUGUUGUGUCGGACAACCUAAUCCUAGACUUUCCUCCCAUAUGGAUCCAAUUAGCUUAAACAAAAACCAAUAAAUUUUGCUCGAUUGGAAGUCUAAACAUGUGAUUAAUUCUGUGUUUAUUGUUAAUGA